AUGUCUCUGCUCGAGCACCUGCCCGUUGAACUAUUCCUAAGCAUACUUCGGUUUGUCCCGCUGCAGUAUCUCUACUCCCUCAGACGAACAUCACGCACGAUCAAUAACAUCAUUGCUGCCAACGAAUCAUACGUGUACCAUCAUGCCGCCUUGCUCCACCAGUAUGUCAACUCGGCAGAUAUAGGACUAUCGGAGAUACCUCGCACAGGCACGGCGUACCCUGUGAGGGAUACGUCCACAUGGAAAUCAUUCUGUGAGCUCAAGAGGAUGUACAUCUCAUUCGGGUUGGUAGCUGAGAUACUCGAGUCAGGCGCACAGUGUUUCUCCCUGGAUAAGAAUUGGUUAGGGAAGGGGGAGCUCAGCACAAGGUCGUACUGCACGAACGACCGUGACGUGCAUCGUAUCAAAGUCGACGAAGACCGCGGGCUGCUCAUUACCUCCUACAUUGAUGGCGGCAUCAGAGUGACGGAUACCAAAACAGACGAGCGGCUAUGGGCACUUUCAAUGUCCUAUGUCCGCCCAAAUGCGCACGUGGAAUACGAAAAGGGGUUCCUCAUAUUUGAUCGCAUCGGCCAUUGCAAGGAGGUAUGGCGGCUCUCCGAAGACUACAUUUCCACAGAUUUGCCGCACAACGUUGCGCCGGAAGACUCCCAAGAGACCGCCUGGCGCGAAGCCGAACAGCGUUUUCAAAAUACUUCUCGUGGGCACUUCAGGCCCUGGGCACUGCUUACCUCGCCCGAGAUAACGCGCGCCUUCCGCUUCUCGUACCCCACCUUAGUUGUGAUGUCCCACAUGAACGCAUUCCUCUGGGAUAUCCCGACGGGCUCGCUUGCGCAGACGUUACACAACGUGCAGGACUUAGACGGGGGAGUUCUGCCGCUCGGGGAUGUCAUGUACGUUGACGUGAGCCCUCAGCACGUAUUCGUUUGCGGGCUCGUCGAGCUUCGGGUGUUCAACCGGUCAGACGGUGCGGUUGCCCUGCGCAUCCCUGCGGGGAGGCAAGUGUUCGCAGACACGCGGAUUGUGUUGACAAUCCCUGAUGUUUUAAGGUGCUUCCCCAGCUGGGCGGUUGGGAGCUAUCCACCACCACCACAUGCGUUCAUGGCAGCGCACGUGUCGAGAGAUGGCCGAGACCUGGUUGCGUUGAUUAGCGAUAACAGGCUACUCCUCCUGAAAGACUUUGAGCGUGUUGUAAGGGGCCAGAUCUCCCUUGCGGAGGCCACGCUGGAGGUCGAAUUGAUCUCUUCAACCCUCAACUCUGGAGGCAUUGCGGACUGGCCUGUCUACCUCGCGUUCGAGCACGGCAGAGUGAGUGCAGUCACGACGUCCGGAGUCUACGUUUUCGUGCUCGAUGCAGCCGAACAUACGCGUUGUGAUUCUGACAUUCUACCACAAGGGGCUACAGUAUCCUUGGAACGUAUACAGUUCAAGCAUGAGAUCCCACAACAUGCCUCUUUCCCAAACCUCGCAGUCGCUCAUGUCCCUCAAUUGAAAGGCCAAGAGACCCUGAGCGAAGUCCGUUGUUUGCAAAUGACUGCAACCAGGCUAUAUCUCGCCUGUGAUAAGCAAUACCUGCCGAACAAAGGCAAGGAGCGCGCGGAGAUAGCAUUGGAUGUCCAGCGCAGCUACGGCCGGGACGAAUAUAUUGGGCCCAGCAACGGCCCUGCUACCUCUGCUGCCACGUAUGCCACGCUACCCGACGCGGCGUUCGCUACUUGGGACACUGCCAACACAGACGAAGACCUGCCCGGAGAAUCGACGAUAUUCACAGGAGAAUUGGGGUACUCGGAUGAAGAAGAAGACUGGGAAGAUGAGCUUGACGAGAACGGCGAAGAUUGGGAAGACCAUAUCGAACCUUAUAUCGUUGAGGAUUACGAUGACGGUGGCAUGGACAUGGACGUGGACGAGGACGGGGGAGAAAGCCAAGAAUUAGCUGUCUAUUGCAUCGACUUCACCCCGGAGAUUAUGAAAGAGGAGUAA